AUGAACUUCAAAUAUUCUGCUUGGUUAUUCGUGUCUAUUUGGUUUACUAAUUCAGUUGAAGCUCUUGUUAUUCCAAAGGAUAUUGCACUUAAUUCGUUAUCAAAUGAUUCAACUACUUCUACCAAUGCUACUACUUCUAUCAAUGCUUUAACUUCUUUAGCUGCUAAUGCUGAUGCUGCUGCAAAUGAAAGAUUUCUUCAAGAAUUUAUUUACAAUGGUGAUAUUUCUGCUAAUGGAUGGAUUGAAAAUUGGUACAACAACAAUUCUGGUAAAAUUGCAUUGUAUCAAUCCAUUUCAGCUGAAAUUAGAACUUUCUUUGGUGUUAGUGGUAUUUAUACAUGUCUUCCUAGUCUCCUUGAUGAGAAUCGAGGUCAAUAUAGUGCACUUUGUUUGUAUACAUUUUUUACUCAAGAAUCUCUUGUUUUUGUUACUUUGGUUGGUGUUUGGAUUUUGGAUAUACCAAAUGAUGAUGCUACUGGACGAGAAGUUUUGAAACAUAACUUGAAUAGAGGUGUCAAAAAAUACCGUAAAUUUAGAGCUUGGACCAAAACUGCUGAUGGUUCAGAUCACAAAGAGGUUGAAGCUGUUUCUUUUAGAUUAAAUGCACUUUGUGCUUUAGGUGCUGCCUCUUGUACUGAUGAUUCUACAGAUGCUGAUAUUGUCGCUAUUAGAGAUGAAACUGGUGUUCAUAUUAACAUUAAUACUGAUCCAUCAGUUACUGCUGAAGAAUUUGAGCAAAUUGUUUUGAAAACAGUUCCAGGUGUCCCAGUUGAUUACGUCAAUGAAGAUGGUUCUGUUUCUGAUCCUAAUGAUGGUGCAACUCAUGAUAUUAAAUUCAUCAGUUAUAACAUUGAGAACAGUGUUGCAUCAAGACUUUCAAAAGUUGUUGAUUCAAUUCCAUCUGGUGUUAGUCCAUUUGAUUCUCUCAAGCAAGAACGUUCAAAAGAUAAAAAAGGUUUAAGAGAACGUACUGCAAACCGUGUCAAGGCUAUCUUUGGUAGUAGUGAAUCAGAAACAAGACCAUUUACUUCAUGUUUCGCUGGUGCUGGUGAUGCAGGUAAUGCUGAUCAUCCAGUUCCUUAUGGUGUUGUUGGUCAAAUUUACUACAACUCUUAUGGUCCAGCUGAUGACUCUGGCUGUUAUGAUACUAAUGCCAUUAAAAAAUCACUCAUUUGA